UGAUAAGAAAUAAUUAUUUAACAACUGCCUGCAAUACGCAGUUACCAUUCGUCAACUAAUUAUACUAGCAUAUGUGGCAUUUUAUCUUGAUCGUGACGUCCACAUGCUGAGGCGCAGAAACAAUAUUUUCUAUUGUGAAGCAGGCGGUGACAGGCAGGCAAAGGCAGUAUUGCAGUCGUGGUGUUUUGUUAUUGGAGCAAAAAAGCUGCACCAGAAAAAGCAAACAAGAAUAAAAAAAUUGCACAUAUUAAAAUGUUAACUACUCGACGUAAACAAUGCGAACGAGACUGUUAAGUUAUUGUCGAUACAAACGCCGCCAACGCCGCAUAACUGUCAGAAACAUUGCGACUAAUUAAUGUGUCACAAACAAAAAGAAAAAUCAAGUGAAAAAAAAUUAGGUCGCAGCGGCAGAGAUGAGCGCUGAUCAUCAUAUGCAAAUUAUAUUUUUGUGCUGUCGCCUUUUUUAAAUAAUGAGCUCAUUUAAAAUUUAAAAAAAGCGAAACACACGACCAAAGAGGAACACAUGCUAAAAUCAAACAAUCAACAAGCACUUGAAAAAAGCUAACAAAAAAUAAAUAAAUAAAAAAUCAACACGUUCAAAGUGAAGGUCAACGUCACGACCACGACCAGCAAGCGGUCAGCGACGGCGAAAGGGCGCGGGCGAGGGUACGGCCACAAAAAGGCAGCAAAACCCAAAAGUCAAGCAGCGACUGCUCGGAGCUAGCGUUGCUUGAACUUGAAACAUACAGUCAGUCAGCCAGCUCACUUGUGCCUGCCCAGCUGGAGCAUGGACUCAACAGCGUAUUCAAUGCAAUACCAACAGCGUCUGCUGCUCACGAUGCUGCUGACGCUGCUCUAUUUUGCAGCCUCCGUGCUCAGCGAGACCUCCAUACCUACACAGAAUAUGUCGCACAAGGAGCGCGCUGAGCUGCGGGAGGAGGCACGCGACAUGUUUUAUCAUGCGUAUCACGCCUACAUGGAGAAUGCCUAUCCAGCGGAUGAGCUGAUGCCACUCUCCUGCAAGGGUCGCUAUCGUGGUGUGACACCCUCACGUGGCGACAUGGACGACAUAUUGGGCAACUUUUCUAUGACGCUAGUGGAUACGUUGGACACUUUGGUGCUAUUGGGGGAUUUUGCUGAGUUUGAGCAUGCGGUGAAGCUCGUCAUACGCGAUGUUCAGUUCGAUAGCGAUAUUAUUGUCUCUGUGUUUGAGACAAACAUACGCAUGGUGGGCGGUCUUCUGUCUGCGCACAUACUCUCUGAGUAUAUACAGAAGCAGGCAGAUGUAAUGCAUUGGUACAAAGGAGAGUUGCUGGAGAUGGCGCGCGAGCUGGGCUAUCGACUGUUGCCAGCAUUCAAUACCUCGACAGGCAUACCACAUGCGCGCGUCAACCUGCGUCAAGGAAUGAAGGAUCCGCUGCUCAAGAAAUCACGGGAGACUUGCACCGCUUGUGCUGGAACUAUCCUGUUGGAAUUCGCCGCACUCUCACGUUUGACCGGAGACCCUAUAUUUGAGGUGCGGGCACACGCUGCAAUGGAUUCUUUGUGGAAGUUGCGGCAUCGCGGAUCGGAUCUAAUGGGCACGGUGUUGAAUGUUCACUCCGGAGACUGGGUACGACGCGAUUCAGGUGUCGGUGCUGGCAUCGACAGUUACUACGAGUAUCUAUUCAAAUCCUAUGUUCUGCUGGGCGACGACAAGUAUCUGGCUCGCUUCAAUCGUCACUACAAUGCGGUCAUGAAGUACGUCAGCGAGGGUCCCAUGCUUUUGGAUGUGCUUAUGCAUCGGCCACAUGCUAAAUCACGAAACUUUAUGGACUCACUGCUAGCUUUUUGGCCGGGCUUGCAGGUGCUCUCUGGCGACUUGAAGCCGGCGGUUCAAACACAUGAAAUGCUUUACCAAGUUAUGCAAAUGCACACACUUAUACCGGAGGCUUUCACUGUGGACUUCCAAAUCCAUUGGGGUCAGCAUCAUUUGCGACCCGAGUUCAUAGAAUCAACAUACUUCCUAUACCGUGCUACUGGCGAUCAUCACUAUCUGCAAGUUGGCAAACGGGCUUUAAAAACCCUGCAGCAAUAUGCAAAGGUGGCCUGCGGCUAUGCGGCCGUCAAUGAUGUGCGGACUGGGAAGCAUGAAGAUCGCAUGGAUUCAUUUGUGCUCAGCGAGACGUUUAAGUAUUUGUUUUUGCUUUUCUCUGAUCCCCAAGAUCUAAUCAUCAAUGUUGAUGAGUUCGUGUUCACCACCGAGGCACAUUUGUUGCCACUGUCCAUUGCCCAGUUAGGCAAUGCAACUUUUAGCUUUCGCCAAUCGGACGAGCACAACGUACUUGACUUCAUGCGAACCUGCCCCAGUUCCAAUAAGCUUUUUCCUGAAAAAGUACGCAAACCACUGCGCAACUUCAUUACGGGCUCGUGCCCGCGCACCACAACCGGUAAACGACUAUCCGCCCUCGAUUUUCAAGCAAGCAAUGCUGAUCAUUUGCGAGCUGUUUACGACAUGGGCAUCACCAUGGUUUCGUUAGGCGAUGGCAAGGUGCGACUGUUUCAUAGUUUUUAUAAUGCUAAGAGCCAUGACGAAGGCGAAAUGGGCUUGCAGUUUAUGCAGGAAAUGCUGGAGUUAACCAAAACUCAGGGCAUGGGUCAGCUCGCGCAAUUACAGGCCGUUGCCUACACUAGCGAUACUGACUCACAGGAUUGGAUCGCCCUCAUGGCUGGUCCCUCUCACUUUAGCCCUGAGCUAAUUGGCGAGAAUUUCGUGGAGGGGGAUAUUGUGAUGGCCACUCCGCUUCGCGCUUGUGAUGCGAAGCUGCAGAAUGCGGAGGAAGUGCGGGGAAAGAUUAUGGUGGCCGAGCGGGGAGAUUGCACAUUUGUGAGCAAAGCGCGUUUGGCGCAAGCGGCCGGCGCUACGGCGCUUAUUGUCUGUGAUAAUGUACCAGGUUCUUCCGGCGAGACGCAGCCCAUGUUUGCCAUGUCUGGCGAUGGAAACGACGAUGUCCAUAUACCCGUAGUGUUCAUGUACAGCCAGGAGUUCACAAAACUGCAGGCUGUUAUGCAGCGGAGGCCGCAAUUGCGAGUGCGGAUCAUGCAGAUGGUAGAGUUUAAGCGCUGGCAGCUGGCCAAGAAUGCACAUCAGAACGAGACGACGACUACGGUGAAAACUGUCAGUGGGACUGAGAGCAGCAGUGGGAGCGGGAGUGGGAGCACUGUGACAGCAUCAGUGACGCCAAAGAAAAACCCCGAUAAUAAGGAGGAAUUGUAGUGAUUGGUGCGCCGAUUAAAGCGGCUGACGGCCACGAGUUUGCGGGCAGAUGAACGCCCGAUUGUUCGCCUUCUUCGUCAUUACUUGUAAUUUGAUUUCAACAAAUGCUGCAGCGCCUAUGCGGUGAUAUGGUUUUUAACUAACAUUUCUCGAUACACAUAUAUAUAAAUAUAUUUUGUAACUUACGUAAAAUGCAACUGUAAAUUAGCACAUGCAACUAAAGAAAUUCUUGUACUUUACUAGCAA